CAUGCAUCUAGAUCACACGCAUCAUGGAGUCUCUUGGAUAAACAAGCUUUGCUACCAGUCAUCGCGGCUCGUCGUUUGAGUCUGCCUUCGAAGUUCGACGCUUCUUAACAUCAGUAUGGAGCCCUUCGAUCCAACUACGCAUCCUCACAGACGCUAUAAUCCAUUGACUAACACACACAUUCUCGUCUCACCUCAUCGCACCAAACGUCCUUGGCUAGGUCAGACUGAGCCCACCGAGCCGUCAAACUUCCCCCAGUACGAUCCCGCAUGUUACUUGUGCCCUGGGAAUACUCGAGCGGGCGGUAAGGUGAACGAAAUGUACACUUCCACCGUGGUAUUCGAGAAUGAUUACGCUGCCGUUCUUCCACCCCCCGGACCUGUCACACCUCAGGCUGCACAUCCACUCCUGACUGUCGAGCCAAUUCAGGGCGCGUGCGAUGUUGUAUGUUUCCAUCCCCGGCAUGAUCUCAGUUUACCGACCUUAUCUCUGUUGGACGUGGAGAAUAUUGUGGAUGAAUGGACUCGUGUUUACAUGAGGAGGGGGACUGAGCCUGGCAUUGAAUAUGUGCAGAUAUUUGAAAACAAGGGAGCAAUGAUGGGGUGUUCCAACCCGCAUCCACACAGCCAAGUAUGGUCGCUUUCCACCGUGCCUACCCUCCCCGCGAAGGAACUUGCUUCUCUGCAUAACUAUGCAUCUACCACCCACGUACACUCUGGCGUUCCAACUGGGCCUGAUGGACAUGCGUGCCUAUUGUGCGAGUAUGUGCACCAUGAGCUGUCUGUUCCAGAAGACGAAGGACGCAUAGUCGUUACAAAUGAGCAUUUCGUUGCGCUUGUGCCGUGGUGGGCGUAUUGGCCCUUCGAAAUCAUGGUGCUCCCUCACAAACGGCACAUUUCGUCCCUUGUACAUUUCACAGUUGAUGAGAAGCACGCAUUUGCAGACAUCAUGUUGCGCGUGACGAAGCGCUACGACAACAUAUUCUCUUGCUCGUUUGCAUAUGCGAUGGGCGUUCAUCAACGACCACUUCCCCCACGUCGAGAUGAUGAUGGGAUGUAUGUGAAAGAUACAGACGAUAUUGCACAUCUGCAUGUGCACUUUGAGCCUCCACUCUUACGGAGUGCUAGUGUGCGCAAAUUUUUGGCGGGUUUUGAAGUUAUGGCGGAGCCGCAGAGAGACCUUACCGCAGAGCAAGCUGCCAAGACACUAAGAAAUUGUUCUGAAGUUCACUACCUCCUCGCUGCAGAGUAGUCACAUGAUAACACCCGCCUGGACAAAUGAUUUAUUUUAUAGAAGUUCUUCUCUGGCUAUUACUAUAGUCAUCAACAGAUUUCUGGUUCUUUGCCAUACUUGAAAAAUCAGAUAUGGCUAAAACAGC